AAACUACUUUCCUGUAAUUCACAUCGACUGUUCUAUCGGUCAGAUGAGCAUUCUUCGCUUUUCUCUACCACUUUUGGUGGUGUCUCUGCUCGCAAACGUUCUCUUAACUCCCUUGCGAUCUGGUAUAGAUAGUAUCCUACCACCCUCCAACAAUAUCCUACUUCUGACGGCUCAUCCUGACGACGAAUGCAUGUUCUUCGCGCCAACCAUCCUUUCUUUGACGAAAUACCAUGUGAACGAGAAAAGACCCAACUUAUAUUCUCUCUGCCUCUCUGUUGGGAACGCUGAGGGACUUGGUAAUAUAAGACGGGACGAGCUACAACGGAGUUUGGACGUACUUGGAGUUGAUCAAGGUCGAAGAUGGGUCGUCGAUCAUCCAGAACUGCCUGAUAACAUGACUGUACACUGGGACGCACAUGCCAUUGCAGAUGUCGUGAGGCCAUACAUCGUCAAAUAUAAUAUUGGCACGACAGGUGCUAACAUUCGAUCGACGAGGAAUUUCUUCGCAUCCAAACCAUUACUCUCUUCCGAACGGAAUCAUACAACUCAUCAGAGACUCUGCAUCAAACGGUGCCACACCACCCCGCCUGUUCAGCCUCAUCACAGUCCCGCUUGGUCAGAAGUACAUCGGCCCAAUUGCACCGUUGUUAGCCAAACUUGAUCUUCACGUCGCUUCCUUAUUGGAUGGCUCUACCAAGGCACAUGUGAAGAGAUUGCCAGUAUUCGUUUCGGGUGUAGAAGACUUCUGGUUGGCGAUCAAAGCCAUGCUGGAACACGAGUCGCAGAUGAUUUGGUUCCGUUGGUUGUACGUCGCGUUCUCGAGGUAUACGUGGUUGAACGAGUGGGUGGAAGUGGUCCCCACUAGCUCGAAUUUGUAACUAUAAAGGAAUAGUGACCUUCCCGCCGUAGAAAAUGGUAACGACACCUUUGCAGCCGACCUUGCGGCGUAGCUAGAUGUACACACCCUCUGAUAAAUUCCGGCCCUGGAUUCAAGUUUUUGCACAUCUCUCGUAGUUUGUUUCCGAGAAAUGGAAACAAUUGAAGGUUACUCAU